CUUCGAUUAGUACUGAGAAUAAAGUGAGUUCAAUUUCGUUUUUAUAGCUAAAGGUUUGAUACGGCGGACAUAAACGGAAUGAGGAACCAGCUACAUUAUUUUUUCAAAAUUGCAAUUUUUGGAGAACAUAACAUGCAAUUGGACUUUGGCAAAACAUUAGAGAAAAAGCUCAAAACAAACCGAGGAUUGGCUUCUCGUUAAGAACAUAAGGUCGAUACAAAACUUCCAGAAUGGAAUGGUUUAACUCUGUUCCUCCCCGCCCCGCUUUCCUGAUCCUGUUUUCCUUCUACUUCCUACUUCUCUUGUGUGGAAUCCCCUUUAUUGAGGGGACUCCACACAUCUAUUUUCUGUAGCAAUGACAUGACAACCACGUGGUAUCACAUUCUGUGGUAGUAUCCCUGCUGUGAUUCUUAUUGUUCAUCGAUCAAUGAAGCGAAUGUUAUUACACAGACUGGUGAUAACCCUUGCAUUAUAACAUUUGCUCAUUUCGACCGGUUACGAACUAAGACUUCUUAAAUUAUUUUUUAGGUAAAAGACAUGAAAACAUCUUCAGCUAUGGAUAUAGAUAAAGCAAGCAUCCUCGAGACACAUCGUCCCAGUCUUGUUGAAAGCAUUGACCCAGGGAGAGUUUCAUUGCAAAGUUAUCUGAGAAGCAAAUUUGUACUCGAUGACCAAGAUUGCCAGGUCAUUAAGAGCGGUGUAACGCGACAAGAAAGAGUGUGUAAAAUGCUUGACAUUUUGGCAUUAAAGGGUCCGGCUGCGAUUGAUCAUUUCAUUGACGCCCUCGAGUUUGAAAAUCCAACUUUAUACGAAACAAUAACUGGCAAGAAAGCGGAAGCACGAGUAGCGCCAGUACCACUUCUUUCUAAAGAUGACGUAUGGAAUUGGACAACAGGAAUCGAUGGGAAGGCUUUAAUUGAUUUUGACCGACAAUUCCUGGCAAACCAGCUUGACAAAGCUUUGAGUGACUUGAAAGGGAUGACAUAUUGGCAAAGCAAAAUGAUGGAAGAGAAAAACAUUCUGGAAAGGAAACUGUUUGAAGCUUCUGACGAUCUACAGUCGAAAAGCAAGUAUAUGGAGGAUCUUCAAGAGAAGAUAAUUCACUUGACAUCAGACACUAGAGCAACGGAGACUGAAAAAGAAGCAGCAAUGAAAAACAUCCCCAUUCAUGGGUACCUGCAAGAGCUUUGGAGGGACAAUAUGGAAAGAAACAAUAUAAUCAUAGUACUUCAGUCAUAUAUCAUGUUUUUCAAGGAGCAGAUUGAAAAACUAGAAAGAACUAACGCGGAACUUGUUUCAAAAAGUGAUGGUUAUCAGAAGGAAAUAAAAGAGCUAAAGAUAAUGCAUGACUUUGAGAAACGAAACUCAAAGAGACUUAGUGAAACAAUGGCCUGUCAAACAGAAACAGUAGAUUCGACCAAAAAGGAGCUGCUUCAACUGAAGUUCAAAUGUAGCACUCUAAAGGAAGAGAGAGACAGCUUGAAGGCAGAAUUCAGCUACUUCCAGAAGUGGACAGAGAUUCUAAAUAUAAGGUUUGACGAGCUAAAUAGCGAAAAAAACGUCCUCCGAGAGACGCAAAGUGAUAUUUAUGGCCAAUUCAACAUGCUACAUGAUCACUUGGACAAAAAGGAAACUCAAUACCAGUUGCUAGAAUUUCAGUAUGGACGGUCUUUAUUGGAGGUUGAACGACUUAAAUCAACUUUGGACAGCGUGCGAAAGCAGCGAAAUAUGUUACAUGAGGCGAAAGAAGAUGCAUUUGUCGAGAAGCAUAGCAUUUUGAAAGAGAAAAUAAAGCUAGAAGAUACCCUGAAGGAAUACAAACAAAAAUACCAAAAUGAUAUGGAAAAACAUGAAAAGAUUUACGAGGAGCUCGAAAAGAAACACUUUGAGCUUCUAGAUGAAGUAAAGUCGAUGGAAAACAAAGCUGCAGAGGCGGAAAAGGCAUUGGCAGAUGCAAAUACUGCUCUCCGGAAUUUUACAGAGAGAAAGGAAAGUGAAUGUUCUAGUCCUAAAGAAAAUGUACCACCUGUGACGCUAAGAACCAAACCUACUGCCUCUGUGGCGAGAUUGAAGCAAAAUCGAAACCGGGACAGUCUCAUCGAGAGCAUCCGACGCAAAGUGACAUGUGGAGAUAUAUUGUCGCAAAUUCAAAAAAGUGACAGCUUGCCAGCGUAUCUGAGAGAUAUACCACAAGUCCAACAGGACAGCAAGUCCGCAACUCUACCAGCUAUUGGCCAUUGCAAUCUAAAACUGGAUCUUAACAGGCCAGAUCGGCUAAUGAAAAGUAUAUCGUCAACGUCCUCAGCCACCCCAUCACCACUGCCAUCUUCGAGCCCCUAUACGUUAAUAUUUCCGUCGGCUGCCAUAUCUUCAUCAACCAGUCCGUGCUUUGAUGAAUCAUCUUCAGGGCAACAAAAAGACAGAGAAAAUGGGUAUACAGGUGGAUUAAAACAAAAUGACUGCACGUUCAGGGAGCGUACAAACUGCCUCGAACGAGGUGAAUUUUUCCGCGGUCGUGAAAGAUCUGUUACAGCUCCAGCAGCUCCGACGUCAAUGACAGCAACUGAGACAUAAAUAAAAAG